UCAUAAACAAAACAGUAAUUUUCAUCUUUGGUAAAUAAUAAUGUUGCUGAUUUUUUCAAUGCGUGUAAAUAUCAAAAUAAAAAUUAUAUUAUAAUAUUAAUUGUAUUAAGUUCAAACUGAGUUCAUCAACUGAACCAAUUUGAAUUUUCUAUAUUUAAAACUUAAGCAAACUAAACAAAAUGUCCUAAACUCUCGCUAGGAAAUUUGCAUUUGCGCAAAAACUUGCGUUGCAGUUAAACCGUCGACGGCUGCAACAAACCGAGACAAAAGAUAGAUAUUGCACUCCUAAGUAUCUAAAAGCUUCGAUCAACUUCCGAAACUAUAUUUAUUCAAAAAUGUGUGAGCUACUGCAAUCAGUCAAAGAACAAAUAACAGAGAUAGAAAAUGAAAUUACUGCAAAUAAAUAUCAACUAGAUGAACCAAAUUUAAUUGACAUGCCUGUUGAAAUUUUCCUACAAAUAUGUUCAUUUUUGGAUGCAUAUUUUCUCAAAAAUACACUCAGUAAGGUGUGUCUACGGUUUUGUGACAUACUAGCCGACGAUCAACUAUGGAAGCAUUGGGUACAGAAUAAAAUUAAGGGAAAAUUUCCCCCAGUAGGUGAUUUAAAAAAAUGGAAUGUUAAUCCUGCAGACUGGCAGGAUUUAUAUAUUGCAAUGGAAGUAGAAAAUAAAACUUGGUGUAAUGUUGAAGAAACCAUGAAACAUAUGGUUGUAAAAGAUGUACAUUUUGCAUCAGUUGAUGCUGUGUUGUUAGUGAAUAAUGGAGAAUUGUGUAUAUCAGGAGGUAGGGAUAGAGGAAUGGCGUUGUGGAAUGUUUCGGACAUUAGUGCAAAAAGUGAAACAAAUGACGGAGUAACAUCACUAACGGACACCAAACCAAAACAUUUAAGACAUGAUGCUCAUGCAGGCUGGGUAUGGGACUUGGCAGCAGAUGUUGUGAACUCCGCUUCCAAAGUUUAUUCUGCAUCUUGGGAUAAUACUGUGAAAGCAUGGGACUUAGCUACUGGAUUUCAGUGUAUCCAAACAUUUCAAUGUGGAAUGGCCGCAUUAUCCGUGGUAACAGUUGGAAGUGAAACUCUUGCUGGACUGUACUCAAAAAAUAUACUUUCUUUCGACUUACGUUCGGGCUCCGGUCCCAUUUAUGUUUACACACCGCACAAAGGCCCCGUGUUGGGUCUUGAUGAGUACGACAACUUGAUUGCUUCUAUAAGUGAAGACAAAACACUCGCUGUUUGGGAUAGACGCGCCGGAAAAAUCUUAAUGCAAGAUAUAAAAAUACCCACUGGAAAAGCCUACCCGGUUUGUUUGAGUUGGGGCCCCGCCGCUCUGUAUAUAGGCGAUUCUAAAGGCGCCCUGCAUUUAUUUAAUCCGGAAACCCUGAAGUUUGUGCAUUCGGUUCGAGCAUGGCCGCAAAACCAACCAAAUAAUACUUACUGUAAGGUAACAGCGUGUCACCAGAGCGAAAGCAACUUGAUUCUUUGCUCGGACAAAGGAGAAAUAAAGUUUAUGUACAAUUGCUAUCCGCCUCAAGAAUUUACAACAGUCACUAGCACUACAUCUGAAGUUACACAGUUGCAGUAUCUCAAUGGAGUUUUAGUCAUCGGAACCUGCGACUCCGCGUUAGAAUUUUGGGUGCCGAAAGAUAAAUUUCCGUGAAAUUUAGGACUACAGGAACAUUACCAACAUAAUAAAGUAUGUAACAUACUAAUAACAAAUUCCUGUUUCCAAUUCAUUAAUAACUGGCUAAUAUUAAUUUUAUGAGUUUAACUUGUAUUUUUAUAUUGGUUGUCUUGCAUAAUUUAAAAAAUAAUAAUUAUAUGUUGUGUUGACUAAUUAGUACUAUUAAUAUAUAAAUGUUACUAAUUAUGGAAGACUGACUUAGACUAAAUUAUAUAUUUGUA